GAAAUUUUACGAGUUAAUUACAAGAGUCGACAGUUGGUCGUUCAUUUCAUUUGUUUACAAAUUAUUUUAAUUAAGGAUGACGUUUAUUAGGCCUACUGGAAGUACAAGUCAUUCUUCUGCUUUUGAUGCUGACAGAAGUCACUGCUUUUCUUCAAACUUUAUUUGAACGUUUCCUCAAUGUCAAGUCGUGUUUUAGUGUAUCAUGGCCUGGGUGCGAAUGAAAAUUCUACCAAACAUCUCGUUGAUGCCUUGAAAGCAAACCUCAUUCCUUCUCAGUACAGUGUGCAAGCAGUGUCUCCUGAAGGAAUUGCCAAUGGAAGCAUUUUAUCUGAGUCGACUGCCCUUCUGGCUUUUGGUGGAGGAUACACAACUGGAUUUGCCAAGGCCCUUGGCAGUGAUGGAAUACAAAAUGUCAAGGAUUAUGUCUUGAAUGGAGGAUCUUACCUUGGCUUCGGAGCAGGUGGAUAUUUUGGCUGUGACUUUAUUGAAUUUGAUGUAGGAGGACCCCUUGAAAAAUUUUCUGAACGGGAAAUAAGAUUUUACCCAGGUAUUGGAAGAGGUCCACUGAACCCAAGCUUUCGGUACGGAACCCACAAAGGAGCCUGUGCUGUCCCCAUCAAGAUAUUAACAGACAGUGCCAAUUCUGCCUUUGAUGCGUACUUAGAUGGAGGCUGUGCUUUUUAUCCCAGUGACCCGCCAAAGCCCGACUCGCCAGUGAAAGAGGUUGUCUCUGUUGCAAACUACAUGGACCUUCCAAACUCCCCUGCUGCCAUUGUGAAAACUGUUGUGGGCCAAAAUGGAAUAACUGUCCUCUCUGGAAUUCAUUUAGAAUAUGAUGUUUUAUCAGUUGUUGAUUCAGAGCCCGUACUUGAACCCCUUCGAAAAAAGUUCACAGAGAGUAAAGCUAGUCAAGAGGAGGCUUUUCUAUCUUUGUUGAAAUUGCUGAGAUUGAAUACUGUUUGAUGAAUGUUGUUACUACUACAUGUACCGCAUUGUGGUUGAAUGUUAUGACCUGCGGAUGAUAUACAUUCAGAGUGAGAUAAUGUAUCACGCCGAUAUCUGUGCAGGAGUGGUUGGGUUCAUUCCUUCACUCUUCCAUCAUGAGUUCAAUUUGUGCAUGGGGAGUAUAUAUUAUUGAGUUUCUUUGUCUUUCUUCAUGGGUGUUGUAUCAGACUUUACCCAGGUUGGCCCUGACAGGCAGGGUGGAAGUUGAAGCAGCCUGCUCCUUAAAAACCAUCUACUAAAAUGGGAUGUAAAAUAAAAAAUACAAUCAGUCAAUCAUGAUAUACAGCAUAUCACAGAUAGGUUGAACACGGAAGACUCAAAAUCACGCAUCCGUCAAAUUGUGCCUGCGUUCCAGUUUUUUCUUCUUCUUUAUCUUUUGUAAGAUAUCCCUCGAACUACCGAGGCUGGUCCCGACGAAUUCAAGCUAUCCGUGGUAUGCUGUAUUAUGUCAUUGUUUACUUCUGGUGUUCAGAUGGAUCAAUAGUCAGACUCAUGUUGGCUAUUAUGUAAUCAGAGACGACUUGCUUGUGUUAAUGGAUGUUGUUAAAAAGAGGGUAAGGAGAAGAAUAUUACUAUUAAGCCGCUGCUAAUAAUUCUUCAAAAAGAUUGUGCUUGUUGCCAGGAGUUAGUUUUAUGAACUUGUGGUUCAGAUUGUGAGGUCUGUGAACUCAUGGAAUCUUUCAUGUACUUUUACAG